UUCCCAGUUUUUUUGUGGUAAAAUUAGGUGCCUCCGCUUAUAUUUGGGUCGGCUUAUACUCGAGUAUAUAGGGUAAAUGCAGUCAAAUAUAUGUGUGUGUAUCUAUCUAAAAUGAUGUAUUAUUCUCCCCAUAUAGUUCAAUAAAAUGAACAUAAUAAUGAGCCAGCUGUUAAUUCUGCUGUUCUUCGGACCAUUUUGCUUGUCUGCACCUCGACUUUUGGAAAGGGAUGAGUGUCUGUUGGAAAACAGCAAACUGCAACAGACAUUGAAAACACUCCAAGAUUUAUCCCAGCUCUAUGAACUCCAGCUGAAUGACCUCCUGGGGAACAAUUACCACAGACAAACAAGCAAAGUCUUCUCUGCCAGAGAGCCAUCUCCACAAAACACAUCUUUACCCACAACCAGUGGGGGCCUCUUAGUCUAUGAUCAAGAUUGUGCAAUGGUGUUCAUCCGUGGAAAAACUGAAAGUGGAUACUACAGAAUUAGACCCAGAAUGGAUAAGGAACCCUUCCUUGUGUACUGUGAUAUGUCAGAUGGUGGAGGAUGGACAGUGAUCCAGCGGCGGAGCAAUGGCAAGGAGAAUUUCUUCAGACUAUGGGCAGACUACAAAGAAGGGUUUGGAGAAUUCCAGAGCAAAGGUGAUGAGUACUGGUUGGGUAAUGAUAAAAUCUAUGACCUACUGCUUAGAGGAGAAAACUCGCUGAAAAUAGACCUGAUGGACUGGCAUGGGGAAAGACGAUAUGCAAUGUAUGAAGACUUCCAGCUCAAGAAUGAGACGGAUAAUUAUAGAAUAUCCUUUGGCACCUUCUCUGGGACUGCUGGGGAUGCUUUGUUUGGAGGGAGCAACUUCGAUCAACAGUGGUCUGCAUCACUCCAUGGGAUGCCCUUCUCGACUUCUGACAGGGACAAUGACAGGUUUCUAAUGGGCAGCUGCGCACAGGAGAGCAGGAGUGGCUGGUGGUUCAAUCGAUGCCAUGCAGCAAAUCUCAAUGGAUUAUAUUAUAAGAAAGGGAAAUACACAGCUUCUUCUGACAACGGAGUGGUUUGGUCCACAUGGCGAGGGCUGUGGUAUUCCCUGAAAUAUACAGCCAUGAAAAUAAGGAUCCCUUCUUUUGUGGAUGGAGAGAGUGGAGAUGGUGAAGCCAAUUGA